GUAGUGUCCGUUUUAGACCACUUUAGACCUCCAUCACCUAAUAUUCUUUCACGAACUCUGCCUAUAUUAAAGUGCGGUGCCCUAGUCUUAUUGGAGGCUGAGGGGUACUGUAAAUAAAGGCUGUCUUUAUGUGGAAUUGUUUAGAGUUUUGUUGUAUGCGGUACAAGAACAUAAUUUCCUGAAAUUUGCUGAAAUUUGUGUUGCCAUAUUAGAUGACAGGCUAUUUUUUUUUGUGUGUUUUUACUGUAAUAUUUAUGAAAUGAAGCCAGACAUUUUUGAGAUACUUAGAACUUUUUCGAGAUAUUUAGAAAAAAAUUUUCGACGUAUUUACAAAAAAAAUUGGGAAUUUCCGGAAACAUAUUUAGGCGAUUUUUCGAGAUAUUUGUAUCUAGGCCUAUCCAUGUCAUAUAAUCCAAGAAAGUGCAAAGAACUCACAGUGCGUAUAGAAAGGGUUUGUAGAGGAACUGUGUAAAAUACAUAAUAUUCCGCAAUGCAUGCAGUGAGCUUAACUUUUAGGUGUGAUACGUAACUUGCGUAUUUACAAUUCUACCGGAAUGGGUGACAAGCUUGUUAAGUCUUUAAAUGCUUGAACGUAAUAAGAACUCUUCGGCAAGAGUUGUACAAUCAGGAGGAGAUGGAUUAUGUGUUUCAAGCAAUUCUUAUGCCUAAUUUUUUCUAUGGUUUAUCGGUGUUCGGAGCCUCCUCUUCUGAUCUUAACAACGUACAGCAUUUUUUAGAUAAGUGCUAUAAAGGCAGAUAUAUAUCGAGGAAAUUGAAUAUAAGGGAGCUGCUUGAAAGAUCGGAUUGCCGUAUUUUUAGAAAGGCAUUGAGAACUAAUUCGCCCCUUGUGAAGAUUUUACCAGAAAGGAAUUUCACCAAUUACGCACACACUAUGCUUUUAUCAUCCUAUAAUGGCAACAGAGCGCUUCAAAUCGUCCUACGUGAAUAUUAAUUCCUUGACGCAAUUAGAUGUAUAAUUGUUCUAAGAGCUCUUUAACUUUUUUCAAGGGCACUCAACUACUGUUUUCUGUAAAAUAUCUGUUCGGAGAAGCAAAUAUCGACUAGAAUUUCCUAUUACUUGUGAACGGCUAAUAUUUUCUAGAGGACCGUUCCACUCACAGUGACUCCUGUACAAUUUUCCGCGAAGCUUAUGUAAUAAAUUCCCUACGAUUUUCUGAAGUUUAAUUUUCACUCCUCACUUCCCAAAUUAGGCUAUUUUUCGUGAGAAAAGGAAACCUAAAAUUUUAGGACUCAAAAAUGCAAUGGAGAGAGAAAUCAGAAAAUGUCUCGCUUUCGUAAUACGUCAAAUUGCGUCUAAAAUUUUUCGGAAAAAUAAUACUAAAGCCCUUGUAAUUUCCAAAAGAUUCAAGUUCCCCUGGGAUGACCGAACAGAUACAAAUCCUAUAGCCACGCGAAGAAUGCAUUUCUAGUAGGCCCAGAUACAAAUAUCACGAAAACUUGCCUAAAUAUGUUUCCGGAAAUUCCCGAUAUUUUUCUAAAUACCUCCCCGGGAAAAAGGUCUAAAUAUCUCAAAUAUAUCUGGCUUAAUUUCAUAAAUAUUACAGAAAAAACACUGAAAAAUAGCCCGUCAUCUAAAAUGGCAAGACAAAUUUCAGCAAAUUUCAGGAAAUUAUAUUCUUGUACAGCAUACAACAAAACUCUAUACGAUUCCACAUAAAGUCAGCCUUAUUUACAGUACCCCUCAGCCUCCAAUAAACCUACACUACUAAACAAAAACCCACAAAAAUCUUGUGAAUUUAUUCAGGGGAAAUUCACAAGAUUUUCAUGCCUUAUUCACCAGAUUUUCACGGCUAAAACUAAGGGUAUUUUCAUUGGUUCAUCCUAUACCAUUAAAAAAGCUAUGAAAAUACUUUGAAAAAUUCACAAUUAAUUGCCCAUGACACAGUCUAGAUUAUAAGAAAUGCAAUGAAAAACACAUGAAAAGCCAUGACUUUUCUUACUGACUCAUGAAUUUGACUUGUUAUGGGAUUUCCAUGGUGUUCAGGAAAAGGCCAUGAAACAUAUACAGUUUUUUCAUGGUGUGCAAAUUCAUAGCAAUUUAAUGGGAUGGAAAAUUCAUGGGUCAUGAUUAUACCCUUAACUGGGAAUUUUUAAUGGGCCAUGAAGAUUCUCAGAGUACUUUUCUGACCUUUUCGCAGCAUUUUUAUGGCCCAUGAAAUGUAUUUUGAGGCUUGUCCUCUGACAUUUGCAUGGGUUAAAUUGAUGGCUAAAUGGUACCAUGAAGAUGACAUUAAAACCCCAUUGAAAGUCAAUCAUUUCAAAAACUAUGCGUACCUUAAUCUCUCUCAUUGUUCUUUCUAUCUUAUUUAGAAGAGUAUAUUUAGGUAUACAAUUUACAACCAAAACAACUGGAACAUCAAUCUGCUUUCAUAAUAAUUUUAUUCUACCCACUAAGGUGAUAGAUACAGUAAGUCAUUUCAGCCCUUUAGUUGCAAGAGCAUAAAAAUCACAAAAUCCAUCUUGCUCGAAAGUCCGCGCGAAUUUGAACUGAUCCAACGGAACUUCAUUUUUAGCUUUUCUAUUGGUUCAAAAGGUGCACGUGACGACGGGAGUCACUUUGUGGGAGACUGGUAACUAGUCAGCUCAAACAUCAAACAUUUCAAACAUGGCGGAACAUGGCGGGUAAUCUGUUCGGUGAUCGAGUUUAAUGAGUCUAAAAAGCGGUGGUUUUAAGAGCUGAAUGAAAUAAUCUAAAGCUUUUGAGGUGUCAGCAGCAAGGGAAAAAAAUCGCAUUGUUUUUGUGCAAGAAACAAUGGCCUUACUUUCAAAGCUUCAACGAGCCACAUGUUGUAGACAUUGUUUGGACUAGCUCAGGUACGAGAAGACACUUUGAAUAUCCCAGUUGCUUACUACACUUGUGGAUCAAAAGCUUUUUUUUCCUAUAAGAAAAUUUCACGCAAAAUAUCUCAGAAUUUACAAAGCUAAGUUUGCAACCGCUGAGGUACAUGUAGACUUCAGUAUUAUUGACAGUGAAUAGGUAACUUGAGCAGAGGCCCUUCGAUCUUCCUGGAUAAAUCGUUGCUAUAGAAUCCAAGGCCUGUUGUGUACUAAAGAGUGUUGUAUGUGAUCAGGCAAAUCAGUUGGAGAACGGUCAUUUAGGCAAAAUGACUUCAAUGCAUUGAAAAAUUACUAUGCAUCAUGUGGUUUGCAUGCACUGAAUACCUGCAGUCUACUACUAGUAUUAAACACGGGAAUAGCUGCAGUAGAAGUGAACAGGCCCAAAGGUAAUUUGUCUGGACUGAAGACGAGUCAGUUUCCCUAUUUUUAUUUGUCUUUCGUUAAGCCUGAAAAACAGAAUAAGACAAGUAUGGAAAGACAGUGAGGCAACGUGGGCAGUUCCCACAUUUUUCUCAAUUUCAUAUGAUGACAGAGAGUAUGAACAACAAGACCUUCAGUCUUCAGAGAACCAUAGCAUUUACCUUCCUAACUUGGUGUUGAAUCAUAUAGUGCAACCUUAAGGUACAAGAGGUUGAAACAAACAGUAUAAUAAAUUUUUACUAACAGGAGUCUAUGAAGCUAUUUCUUUGGACUAACAAGUUACUGUUUUUAAUCACCCAAACUUUUUUUGGAUCAGUAUUUGUCAUCAUGAACUUUAUUAACCUAAGUUUAAAGAGAUCUGGCAAGAGUUAUCACGAAUUAAUAAAUGUGUGCAACAUUUCUCUAAGGCAUUAACGUCUACUUUUGUGCUAGUUUGAGUUGGACAUUUUCAUGGGUUUUUGAUUUUGCCUUCAUGGGAAUUUCGUGGGCCAUUAGAACUUUCCUCACACAUGAAAUGCAUGCUAGGCUGUAACUGCCUUUUCAGGGGUCAUGAAACGUAUCGGUCUAAAAUAUAUGUGACUUUCAUGACCCAUGAAAAUCCAUAUUCAUGCUUUGUAAACUUUUCAUGGUUCAUGAAAAUAACUGGUAAAGAAUGUCAUGACUUAGUUUAGCACCAUGAAAUCCGAAAUCGCUGUUUUCAUGGCCAUGAAAAAGGGUUCAUGGGUUUUUCAACACAUUUUCAUGGGAUUUUCAUGAAAAAGAGAUUCGAAGUGCUAAGGUACUGCACUUUCAUACAGGCAGAGUUCGUGAAAGACUAUUAGGUGCUGGAGGUCUAAAGUGGUCUAAAAGGGACACUGACUAUCGUUUGGUUUGUGCGUGGCUCAGAGAGUACGUCAUUAGCAAACAUUGCAUAUAUUAUAAAUGGAGAAUAUUGCUGCAUCUGAUUACAACAGGCCCAUAUGUGGAGAUAUGGUUGACUUUCUGGCACUGAAGUACCCAUGCCCUAAUAAGCAAUGAAGUAGCUUCCAAGAAAAACCAUGAUUUCAGUACUUUUUUCGUAACAAAAUUCUAAAUAUUUCAAUUUUUUCUUAAUGUCAUGAGAUUUUUCAAAUAUCUCAGAAUGUUCUAGAUAUCUUUAAAAAUAUCCGGAUAUUUGUAUCUAGGCCUACCAGUCUGGGAAAUCCCCCUUACGUCAUAAACUGCUGUCGACUCAUCGAUCUUCAACUUCCUCUGUCACGUGAGACGUACUAAGGCGAAAAACAACAAAUCCGCCAAGCGACAGCCAUUAGCCAUUAGCCAGGCCAGCGUUGUUUCGCCAGCGGUUGUUCUUUUGUCUCCUUAGCGUUACGUGACGACCCUAGGAGACCAGUCUCAGCCCGGGGAUACUCCCUUUAAUUGCCUAUACCGGGUAUAUGAAAGGGUAAGAAAAUCUGUCACUGCAGUCUGCGAAAAGGUCUUAAGAUUAAAGGCAAACAGAGGCAUUUUAUUUACUGUUUUUAAUCACCCAAACUUUUUUUGAAUCAGUAUUUGUCAUCAUGAACUUUAUUAACCUAAGUUUAAACAGAUCUGGAAAGAACACUUCCUGGUUUCAAUUUAUUCACUCUUAAAAGAUGGUGCCUUUAAAGUCGUUAAAAGAGAUGCAGCGUUCUAUUUAACGACAAUCUUGGACAAGGUAGAUGAUGAAUUUAUACCCCCUUUCCCCCCAAAUCAAAGAUGGGAAAUUACGGGUUUUGGCUUUCGCGCCGCUUCAUCCUUGAUUCAGAGGGGAUGGGGCUUUGCUGUUCCAUUUUAUUGAGCUAUUUUGAAAAAAAAAGCUCAUAUGUCAGUGGUUUGAGCGUAAUUGUAUAUUUGUGGCUUUGUGUGUUGGGAUUUCUGUUGCAGGAACCAAGAAGGUUGAAGGUACUAUGAGUUGAGGCGUAGGAACCAAAUUGGCUUCUAACAUGACAUUUACUCGGCUUAAGGUCAAACAAGGGUACUUUGAGACUGCCAUCUUGAUUCUUCACAAUUUUUUCGUCUUUUUUUACCACUUAAGGUGUUAAUUUGAAGCAUAACAUUGAAAUAUCUUUAUGAUUCAAAUGCUGAGUAGAGUGAUGCAGCUGUUUAAGGGUCCGCUGCUUCGAGACAUUUAUAACCUAAUUCGGCCGGUAUCGCGAACGGUGCAACGCAUGUAUUUCAUAAUUCACUUGCUUAAAGGCAGAAUGUAAAAGAUCACAUAUUUCUCAAAGUUCCUCCAAUGAAACAAUAAUUGAAAUUUAGAUAUGAACGUUAAUUCUGGAGUAUGUGGCCUAUAAAUUGUGGUUUUAGAAGUUUGAAAGGCAAGGCGAGUAUUGUCAAUCCUGUAAACAAGCUUUAUCCUCUCGCUUUGAAGUUCAACAGACCUUUUUCGUUCCACCCCCCCCCCCCCCCCCCCCACCCACCCCCCCCCCCCCACAGGGUGGCCGAAUCGUGGGGGGGACGGGCCGCGCAGCCGGCCUGUUCUAGGUGGCCCAGGCGAGGCGGCGGACGGGAAGUCACACAUGGAGUAGGGGGCCUAUAAAUUGUGGUUUUAAAAGUUUGAAAGGCAAGGCAGUUUUGUUAAAUCCUUAAAACAAGCUUUUUCCUCUCCUUUUGAAGUUCAACAGCCCUUUUUCGUACCCCCCCCCCCCCCCCCCCUCAAAGAAAACCUUCCUGGUGUAAGGGGUGGCAACUUGUUGGGGCGAAGCCUCCCUGUAUAAAGCUUUGUUGCGUGACCCUCGGGAGGACUACGUAGUACAAGUAUGAUAGUAAGUUGACAACCGACAAGCUUUUUCGCAUUACAUCACUUUCAGGUGAUUUUUAAAAGAUGCGGAGUCAUCGGAGAAUCAACGUUGUACAAACGAAACCGAUCUGAAAGUGGAGCUAUUUCUAAACACGUAUCACGAGGUAAUGACCACCAAAGAGACGAAUGCAAUCCACCCUGCCUCCUCGUGAUUUUAAGUGAUUUAUAUGGAAAUGGCUUAUCCAUCCUUUCUGGAUGUUCAAUAAACUCGUGACAUCAGGCCAAAGUAAGGUAUGUUGUUUUCUUAAAGUCCAGCGGAGCCGAUUACUAUGGCCUCCAGUUAGUCAAAGUGGUAUUAUCCUUGCGAAGCUGGCGGAAUUAGCGGGCAAAAAUCCCUGGCGGCUUUUGCAUGGCGGCUCCGCUGCCAAGAAAGCA